GAAACCAACCAGGGGAAAAAAACAAAAGAAGCUAUGGCUCCGAGAGAAAAGCCCAGCGCCGCCAUCCCAAACCCUAACGGCCUCAAGGAAAUCCGGUACCGGGGCGUCCGGAAGAGGCCCUGGGGCCGCUACGCUGCCGAGAUCCGGGACCCCGGCAAGAAGACCCGGGUGUGGCUCGGCACCUUCGACACCGCCGAGGAGGCCGCCCGGGCCUACGACGCCGCCGCCCGCGAGUUCCGCGGCGCCAAGGCCAAGACCAACUUCCCCUCCCCCGCCGAGCUGAUCUCCUCCUCCCGCAGCCCCAGCAGCCAGAGCAGCUCCCUCGACGAGCCCUCCCCCCCGCCGCCGCCGCCCGCGGCCCUCGCCCUCGCCCCGCCCCUCGACCUCAGCCUCGGCCGGCGCCCGGCCGUCGCCGCCGCCGCCGCCGCCGCCGGGCACGGCGCUUACUUCCCCGGCGCGGCCGCAAUGUGCUUCCCGGUGGUGCCCGCGGCGCCGCGGCCGGUGUUCUUCUUCGACGCCUUCACGCGCGUGGAGAAGAAGGCGGCGUGCGGCGGCGGCGCUCCUCGCCUGGAGGCGUGCAGGUUCGACCGUCCCGUGCUGGCCGACUUUCGCCCGGUGAGCGGAGUCGGGGUCAAGACCGAGCCUGGCUCCUCGACGCCCGCGGCGGCGGAGUACGACAGGCCGGCGCGCGGCAAAUCGCUCCUCGAUCUCAACCUCCCCCCACCCGAGGUGGUCUGAUCUUUCCCCCCCCGUUUAAGAUCGGCGGGAUCGGGACGAUGAAUUUUUGGAUCGUUCUUGUUUUUUUGUGGUUUCAUCGGUUUGUUGAGAAACGUGCUCUCCGCCUGACGCGAGAUCCAUGCGCUGACGACGACGGACGAAGACGACGACGGCGACGGAACGAUAAAAAUCAUGUACAUAGAAAGAUGAUGACGAUGAUGAUUAACCUCCGACUGUUCCUUUUUUUUUUGCAACUGAGAAAAAGAAAAGACUAGUAGGUUUUCUCGAUGUUGUUUGUUUUGUUCUUCUUCCUCCGACCAUAAAUGAAAAUCGGCGAUGUCAUUUACAAGUUUC